AUGGCAGGAACGAGUUCGUCUCGUAUCUCUAGCACCAAGUCAAACGCUAUUGGAAAGCGACAAUGUACUGCAUCAGAUACGUCUUCAUCUUCUGAUGAUCAGGAUCUCGUAAUUGACGCUCGUUCGCAUCGAAAAAAGCGUCACAAAGCAAGUACAAUUCUGUCUCAAUUUACAAGUCUCGAUGCAUUAUUAAAUGACGAUUUGGCGGAGAAACGCAAGCGUCAGAACCGUGGACAAAAGCUGCAACAAUUGCGGGAAGAGAGUGAAGCUGCAGAAAAAGACGCAUCAAUUGGAACUUCGUCGUCAAUGAAGAAAUUGAUGACGAAGAUGGCGAGCAACAUGUCGACACUAGCAGACGAUGAGUAUUUGUUUACUGCCUCUGUGUCAGUACCAGAUGAGAAGUUUGGCUAUGUAUUUACUCCUAUACAAGAGCCGUUAAUGUACCGGACGUACAAAGCAACAGAGAUGGAGCUACAGAGUGACCUGAAGCUCAUGUAUGAGACUAUGCAAUCUACUGAUGAUGUAGAGUUGAGUGGACUGCUGUGGUCGAAAGCUAUUCUGAUUCGCUGCAUGCUCAAGCAUCAAAAUGAAUCGACUGGCAGUGGCUCUGCUAUGAAAUCUUUUAACUUGCCUUCGAAGAUUGGGUCAUGGCUAUUUAUGACAAUGUCAACUCACAGCAAUAGCCACGUGGUUGGAGGUUGUUAUAGCAAUCUGUUUUUGAUUCAGAGCUCGGUCCAGAAAACGUUUAGCCCAAGAUUAAGCUCGGGACUUCCUGUGGCGUGCUUCUCUCACCCGAUCGAAGAUUAUCGCUCAGCGUUUGGCAGUCAGGCCCCUUGUAUCGAAACAGAAUGGAAACCAUCCAUUUACGACUUCCUCAACGCCUUUCGCGCCUACGGCUUCCAGGAUAGCAAGCGAUCCAUGAGUGUGAAAAGCAAGAUUCCAGUAACACCACCGUCGACAAAGAACGCUCACGUGUUGCCCUUUCCGACCGUUAAUAUGCACUACAUGCUGAUGUAUUUGGUGCUUUGUUUGCGCACAAAGACGCUGACGUUGGAAGGUUAUGACGCGUUUAGCUUUACUAUGUUCUUCCUGCGGAUGCAGUUUGAGAACGAUAUACAUGCCAGUAUUGUAGAUAUGGCUACCAUCUGUAUCGAAGAGCUCCUGGACGUGUUUCCACGCGCGGAAUGGCGAAGAGAGUGGGCACCGCAGCUUGUUCUACGGAUUGCUGGAGCGACUGAAGGCUUGUUUGACUCGGCAGCAGGCUGGCUUGCAGUUGCUCGUCGGCUUCCGCGCACAAUGCGUGGCACGCAACUCACCACAGGACUGGCAAUCUAUGUCUUGCAACACCGUAUCGACAAAAAAACAAAAGAGGGGGCAAUUUCUGAGAGGCCUCUAAAGUUUCCGAUCCAGAGUGGUCUUGUCGUGGACAUUGUAGCUGGCAUUGUCGAGGACUUGACACACAAGUACGCGAAGAAACGCAAGACAGGCAAGGCAUCGAAAACCGCACCGCCGUUUGAUUUAUUGUGUAAGAAGGUGGCAUUGAUGGACCUAGCUCUGCAAGCGUUCCUCAACAUCCUUACUCCAAAGGAGAUGGAAAUUAUGCUUAACAAACUGGACCAGCUGGCUGACGCACACAAGUCUACUAUGUCAGCAAAAUGGCACGAGCUCAAGACACUUGUAAGUCUCAUGCAUCGCAAUUGCACUCGAGUGAACUGGACAAGCAGAUUGACUGUUAAUAAGCAUUGA